GAUGCCGUCAUGCUGUCGAAACGCGCUCUUCGCUUGAAAUUUUCAACGCUUUACCACGCUGCCAAAUAUUGCACAGCGACUAAUAAUCGAGAAAAUUAUUAUAAAAACUUGGUAGGUGCUCAGUCUCAGAAUGAUGACACGAAUCCAGAGGGAUGGGAGAAUGCCAAACCGUUUGAGAGUAUGCCUGGACCGAAACCUUUGCCGGUGAUUGGAAACAUGUGGAGGUUUUUUCCUGGAGCAGAACUUCGUCUUUUAAACACGGAUAAACUUUUUCUACUAUUACAACAACGGUAUGGAGAUAUAGUACAUUUAGGAGGAAUAUGGGGACGCAGAGAUAAGAUAUUCCUGUAUGAUCCAGAUGAUAUGGAGGGUCUUAUUCGCAACACCGGUCCUUUCCCUUCCAGAUUCAUUAUGGAUGCCAUUUUCCAUUAUCGACGUAAACUAAGAAAAGAUUUCUUUAAAGGGAACCUCGGACUUGCUUUGUUACAAGGUGAGGAAUGGCAUAAGUUAAGAACUAUCGUCAAUCCAAUACUAAUGCAACCUAAGACAGUUCAGCAAUACACCACGAGAAUGGAUGGAGUAGCUAAGGACCUCAUGAAGCUUAUUAAACAUCGCGUGAAAAGUAGUGGAACCAAUCAAACGCCUGAUGAUUUCGAGAAAGAUUUAUACAAAUGGGCAUUGGAUUCAGUUGCGAUUAUUGCUUUAAACAGACAAUUAGGAGCACUUGAUACACAUGCAGACAAAAACUCAGAAACCAACAAAUUCGUUAUAGCUGUAUUGAAGUUCUUCGAUCAAAGUUUCUAUUUAGAAAAUUUGCCACCCUAUUGGAAGUAUCUUCCCUCCAAGAGGUAUAAUGAAUAUGCUGAUAAUCUUGACUAUAUAAAUGAUGUCCUCUUAAAAAUUAUUGAUGAAUCAUUAGCAAAAUUUAAAAAUCAAAACGUACCAGACGAUGAACUUGGCGUACUGCAGCGUUUACUCAAAUUGGAUAAGCAAACUGCAUUUAUCAUGACUAUGGAUAUGAUAACAGCAGGAGUUGAUACGACCGGAAAAACACUUGGAGCUGUGUUAUACUUUUUGGCCAGGAAUCCAGAGAAACAAAGCAUACUUCGUGAAGAAGUUUUAAAAUAUCUCCCAGAAAAAGACACAGUGAUAACAGCCGACAAGUUAUCUGAAAUGCAAUACCUAAAAGCUGCCGUGAAAGAGAGUAGUAGGAUCGCCCCAGUUGCUAUCAGCGGUCUCAGAACUACCUCAAAAAACAUGAUAAUAAGAGGCUACCAAGUCCCAAAGGGGACGGAUGUACUGCCAAUGCAUUUUUAUGCAACAACUUUAAUAGACAAAUAUUUUAAAGAACCCACUAGAUACAUGCCGGAAAGGUGGCUACGAUCUGUUAGUAACGAGUACUCAGCGAAAAACGCUCAUCCGUUCGCUUACAUGCCGUUUGGACAUGGUGCCCGUUCUUGCAUCGGCAGAAGAUUUGCUACUUUGGAAGUGGAAGUGGCGGUUGCAAACAUGAUCAGAAAUUUUGAAUUGUCUUGGGACCAGCCAGACAUGAGAUUUGAAGCCAGGAUGUUAUACGGUUUGAUAGAUCCACUUAAGAUUACCCUUAAAGACCUAAAGUAAAGAAAAAUACUUAGAACUAAGAAGAUCUCAUUUAAACUGAGUUAUCUUAAUUGAUUUGUUAUAAUAUAUUUUGUUUGUUUAGAGAAAAUUGUGUAAAUAUUUAUAGUUUAGUCGCUUAAAAUAGUACAAAACCUCGCAAAUUUUUCGAAAAAGACCGAUUUGCAUAAAAAUUUGGAAGUAAGUUCAACUUAUCCUCUACUUCAAAAUUUGUAUUGUACCCGCGGGUGCUUUUUAUUUUUUAAGGGUGACAACUAGGCCUUAUUGUCAAAAUCUAUAAAAAAAGCUUAAAAAGAUUGAGAUUUUGAUUCUAGGGCUUCACUAUUUAUUUUCAAAUUUUUAAGUAAAUCGACCUUUUUGAAAAAAUUG